UGUCCCUGCUAAAUGAUCAGAAUCAUAUUUCAUAAGGCUUCCCUUUAAAAAAAAAACAAAACAUGAAAUUUCUUGGCUCACAAACAGACCAACUGGCUCUCUAUUGUACUUCUGCUGAUGGCAGAUAAAUUGAAAGUUUCUAUGCCUUGCCUUAAACCUUCCUGCUCCCAGUCUCUCCCAAACCACGUAACGUUUCUUUGUGUUACAUCAUUUCCCUGUAAGUGAAAGUACGCCUGUUCACAAAGCCAGGCAACCAACCCUAUUCGGUUGCGGAUGAAUAUUGUGCGCAGGUCGAGCUUGAAUUAUUUAUGUGUCAGCUUAGACUCUGAAGAGCUAGAAGAAAGGGCAGCUGGAGGAAUUCACAAAAGGGCAGACGCUCUUGCUCUUUGCAUCCUUUAUCAGAUUGUAAUGAAGACGGAGUACGGUACCCAACUUGCUUUGGGGGGCACAAGGAGGGCCUCCAUGAGUCCGUAUCUGCCUGCAUGCUUCUCCCAUCAUUACCAGCCAUGCUUUCCAGGAUUACUGGGAACUUGCAGUAGAUCUCCCCAGAACAGGGGCUUAAGUUCCCAAGACCAGGAGAAGAGUAAACUACUUUCCCUCAAGGUUCCUGGGGCAAGAAUUCAACCGAGAAGAGAUGGUUGCUGGAACUGCCCCUCUUCCAACAUGAGUUUGGACAACGGCUUGAAGAACAAGCACACCUACUUUCACUUUUCUAAACCCGUCCGCCUUGCUGCAAAGCCGGGGCGUCCUUGCAAAGCCAGCCGCGAUGUCCUGCAGGGGCCCAAGCAGCGCGGCUGUGCCCGAGUCGCUCACCACACCAUGCAGGAUUUCACCAUCACUGGGCUGAACUGCAGACCCCCGUGGCACAGAGACCCCUCUUUGCUACCCCAGAUUAGAAGACCAAAGAUGGAGCUCCACGUGUAUGUCCCCAGCGAGAAAGCCAGGGCAGAGGUUGAGUCAUGGGAUGAAGAUGUUUGGGAAUAGACGGAGCACAGACUGUGUGUUUUAAGCCUGCAGGAUUCCCCUCUCUGAACCAAAUCUAAAGUCCUUAAACACUCCUGCUUUGCAGCCCAAAGGCAAAUGAAUUUGAUGCUGUGUUGAUCUCCGCCUUGCAAAUUUCUCUGCAAGACAUACGUAUCCAUCUGAUCAUUCCUUUUCAUGGAAGAAAUCUUAUGCAGGGGGGUGGGGAAGAUUUACACCAUUUGCUGUCCCUUUCUAGACCCCUCUAUCCUUGCAAAUCAUCCUUCACGCUUCAUACCCUCCCUUUCGUUCUCUACAAAACAAGAACAGAAACCACAGGUAAGAAAUGUUCUUACCCUGCAAGUGAAGCUUCUAUUUUUCUUUUCUCUUUUACAGAGCUUGACUGUUGCUUUGAAAUUGCCCUUGGUAAUUAUGAACUAUCUUUUUGUUGGUGGGGGUGUCACAGGUGACAUUUUAUGCCACAUAACUCAUCACAAUGACACCUCCCUACCUGCCCGGCAUUCCCAAUCUGGAGACACCCCCUCCCCUCCAAGCAGUUUCUUGCUUUGACUUGGCUUUGAUUUUCUUGCCUCUGAGAAAGCCAGGGAGGCUGCAAAUUGCUGGAGAGAGGAUUAGAGAAGAGAUUCCCACAAAACCCUUGGUCCCCUUGUAACCCAAGUGCAGUGAAAUUCUCUUAUCCUUUGAGAGAAAUGUCAAAAGCCGCUUCUCUUUCACCCAACUGAGAACUGGAAGGAAAAAAAAAUCAUCAGGAAAACUCCAAAAUAUUUGCUCCUCUGAAUGUUUCCAAGAUGAUUGAAAUGAAAUCUCGUUAGCGGAUGUCGAAAGGUGAGAAGAUAAAGGUUAUGGGUUGGAAGCCAGCCCUAGAUGAAUUCUUAAAGCAGGGCUAGGCAACUGACGGAUUUAAACAAAUAUUAAUUUUUUUCAUGUACUUUUGCUUGCUUUAAUCCACAGGUCUGGGGCUUUAGAAUGCUUCAGGUAGUUGACUUAUGCAGUGCAAUGCAGU